AUGGCUCACAGGCUCUGCCUCUCCGGCUGGCUGUUGGCCUCUUGGCUGGUGGUAAUGGUGGCAGAAGGACAAGGGGUAGUCAUCCCUCCCAGAGGCUCACAAAAUAAUGUGGAUCCUACAGAUUGCCAGAUCUUUACACUCACCCCUCCGCCUCCAACAAAGCCGGUGACAAGGAUCCCGCCCAUCAUAAGGACAACCAAGUGUCCUUUCCACUUUUUUCCAAUACGGAGGCCCAGCGUCCAAAUAAGGUUUCCAAACAGCCCUUUCCUCCCACCGAGGUGCAACCACCGUUUUCAGUACCGUCCAUAUUUUUGGCCAAACAAUCAUCUUAGUCCAUAUUAUAACUAUUUCCCCAGAAGAAGACUCCGGAGAGGAAGCUCAUCUGAGGAAAGAAGAUAG